AUGAGGGAAGGACACCAUCCGAGACAUAGAGAGGUUUUGGAGGGAUUCUUAAAUGGAGAACUUCGUGAUUAUGGAGAAGCUGUUGAGCACAGACUGCGUCAACUCAUGAAAUCUAAUCGACCGGCUACAAUGAUGGAGAUAGAAGAAUUGAAAAAUAUGUCAUACAAUAUGGAGUUGAGAACGACUAAAGGGUCAUUUGAAGGAUACAUAUUUGCGGUGAAAGAAGGUUUGCAAGAUGUGGAAGCUGAACUGAGACGUAUGGAAAACGUCAGAAACGAACCAAUUUACUUACACGUAAAAAACACCUACAAUUUCAGAGAGCGGAUGAAUGGACGAGGAAACAUGCAGGAAAUCCAAAAGCAACAACUACCUACAACAAUGGCCUGCAACCGAGGCAUCUACGACACCAUCAAGUUCCGACGCGAAGUGAUGCGAGAGAUGUUCCAGAUCGAACAGAAAAAACGAAUACGAGGCAAAGGUCCAGACCGCGGAAUCAUUCCUGCUAUCCAUUUUCCACUCAAUGGAGGAGAUGUCCUAGAGAGAGAACCAGAAGAGGAGAUGAACAAAAAACCACAUUUCGCGGUGAUUCUGGAAGACGAGAGAAAUGUUAAUCCUAACAUGGUUCGAGAAUGGAGAUCGUCAAGAUACCACCCAUAUGUCAAGCGGACAGUUGAUAAAAAGAUAGAAUGGCUCACAGAAGAUAGUGCACAAGUGAUAUAUCACCAUGAUAAAUAUCUCCUAUACUGUGAAGGAGUCAGAUUGAAAAACCGAGUGGAAAAACUUGGUUUAUCGAAUGUUUUCGUUCUGAGGGAAGAUUCUGUGGAACAGAUCCAUAAAAGAUCGUACCAUUUAGCCCUAAGAGCUCUGGAAAAUUAUGGAGCACCGCAGGCAUGGUGCGAAAUGAGGCCUUUCGUUCUUUCCGCGACUCUUCCAACAGAGCUGCGACAUUAUUCCCACAAACACUUUAUCUACACUCCACCAACUGAACGUCUUCGAAUUUCAACAGACAUUUCAUGGUCUCGGUGUGAAAAUUACACGGAUUUCAAAAUACCAAUGUAUUCGGAUCGGCCGUAUGAGCUUUGGCACAAUCUGAUACUUCCGAGAAAUAUUUGUUUCGACUACAUUGAUAAUAAUAUAGUCGACAAAGUGACGGAACCAGAGCUGGCAAAAAUAGUGGAAUUGGCAAGCCAAGAGGGGAAUCAUAUCAAAUGUCCUUGCAAACCAAUAACUCCCGGAGGAUUUGCAAACUGUUUUGAAAACUCCAACUGCCCAUGCUACAAAACAAAUAUAAUGCUUCGAAAACUUAAUUCUGCUGAAAACAAUAAAACCGUAUUUAACUCGUUCGAUCCGCUGGAAUACAACGGCGACACACCCGCUUAUCAUAACCACGGUGGAUUCGCCUGUUCCGAGAUAUGCGGCUGUGGAGGACGAUGUAACAACAACGCACUCAUAAUAGCUCAGGCCAAAAUCUUCCCAACGGAAAUCUAUCGGAAAAGUGACCUCAUUGGAUUCCGAGUUCGAGCGACUUCCUAUAUUCCAGCGGGAACACCAGUGAUGGAGUUUAUUGGAGAACUCGUUCGAGAUCGCUAUGUAGAGGGAGACGCAUUGGACUACAGCAUGCAAUUAAGCGACAAAAUGGAAGACAUCAAAUAUCUUCUGGCUCUGCUUGCGAAAGAAAAAGUUUUCCCUGCGACGUUCCUGAAACAACUGAGACAAUCAUAUAAAGAAGACGUUUUUCUGGAUUGCCUCCAUCAAGGAAACAAAGGUCGAUUCUUGAUGCACUCUUGUGUAGCUAAUCUGGAACCAGUGAGAAUCUAUCAGAAAAGUUUCAGCCCAGCUCAUGCGAAAAUGGUUAUGUACUCUACCAAAGCAAUAAUGCCCGGAGAGCAGUUGACAUUAAACUACGGUAGCGGCUAUGUCGGACUGGACAAGGUCGGCUGUCAAUGUGGAGCCUUUUCAUGCAAAAAUGGAAGACAUGCAGGUGUCUUCUCAAAAUUGAGUGUACAUGGGGUGUGUUUUCUUGCCGAUUGCUUCACUGCACACCAAAUAGAAUCAAUUCGAGAGUAUGAAGCAGACAGAGAGGAGAAUAACCGGAAGUACGGUCGUUUUGAUGUGGAUCUUCACAGGAAAGACAAUAUACCAAAUAUCGAAUCCAAACCAUUAGUGGACAGGAGACGAAAUAAUUUGUGA